AUGAAGUUUAGAANUGUGAAUAUUCUUCAGGAAGAACAUAAGAUCAGUCUCGAAGAACUUUGUCUCCAACUCAAUACCGAUGUGGAGUUUGGUUUGACUGAAGAAAAAGCCAAACAAAUAUUUUUACGAGAUGGUCCUAAUGCAUUAACUCCACCAAAACAGACUCCAGAAUGGGUAAAAUUUUGUAAAACUCUCUUCGGUGGUUUUUCUAUGUUGUUAUGGAUAGGCGCUAUUCUAUGCUUUAUAGCUUAUUCUAUUCAGGCUUUAUAUAGCGAAGACCCCGAAAUGGAUAAUCUUUAUUUAGGUCUAGUUUUAGCUAUUGUGGUUAUUGUAACGUCAGUUUUCUCCUAUUAUCAAGAAUCUAAAAGUUCUAAAAUUAUGGAAAGUUUUAAGAAUAUGGUGCCUCAAUAUGCUCUAGUAAUCCGAGAUGGGAAAAAAUUAACCUUGCCAGCAGAAGAAGUGGUUGUUGGAGAUCUCGUUGAGGUAAAAGGUGGCGAUAGAAUUCCUGCAGACAUUAGAAUUGUCUGUGCACAAUCAUUUAAAGUAGAUAAUUCAUCACUGACUGGAGAGUCUGAACCGCAAACGAGAAAUUCAGAGUGUACUCAUGAAAAUCCACUUGAAACGAAGAACAUUGCAUUCUUUUCAACAAACUGUGUCGAAGGUAUCUUUAUCUGUUAAAUAACGCACCUAAUUAUCUGAAAAUAAUUUGAAAACUACGCAGUUAUAAAAAUGUAAACAAUUUGAAAGCCGAGUUAAAUG